AUGGCUACAUCAUCCAAUACAGUUGUACAGUCGUCACAAACAUCAGCUGGAAGUAACAGGACCAAGGAGUCUGCAUUGGUUGAAGCUUUGGAGAACACAAUAGACGUUAAUAUGGAUUUUAAUCAACAAGAUAAGAAGCUAUUGGUGGAAGAUCGAGACAAAGAUGCUGCAUGUGCCAAUGGAAAGACACAUGAUGAUGAUGAUAAUGAUAAGAAGACCAUGAGACGACAAGCUGAGACCGCGUCUGAGACGUCAAGGAAAUUAAUGGAACAAGCAAAACGUCGAUUGCAAAUUCAGAUACAAUUUGUGACGAACGCAAGACGCAAAAUUCUGGAUGAGACACAUCCGGAUAUGGUAGAGAGGUUGAAAGUGGCAGCCCAUGAGCGUGAUCAUCUAUUGCAUGUGGCAAAACAGCGGUAUGAGUAUUUCAAACAUGGUACAGCCGUGAUUUACAAUUAUGAGUGUGAUGAGGCCAAUUCGGAGUAUGAUUUGCAAUGUGAGAAGCUGCGUCAGGAUAUGCUCGAUGAGAUUCAGCAUGAGAUGGAGAUUCUCAAUGAUCAGUGUAAGGGUGGCCAUAGCCACGCUCGGACAACGACGCGCAAAACCCGGAGUACUCGUACGAAAACUGGCCUGGAAGCAGGUUUGGUUGUACCAGACGUCGCACAAAAGAACAAGAAACGCGCAGGUUACGUUUUUCAGCCGCUUGAGAACAAGUUGGGUCAGUCAGAAAUCGACCACGAUGUGCGCGAGCUCACGAAUGUGUAUGAGGCUACGAAGAAGCGACGCAUGGACUUUGAUAUUGAUUGUGGAGUGACUCCCGUGGCUAAAUUCUACCGGAAUAAGUUUUUAUACCGAGACUGGAUCUUUCAAGAAGGCGAUGAGGUGUAUGUACUUAACUACCCUGCAUCCAGUGAGUAUGCAGCUCUCAUUUGUGGUAUUUCACCCACGGAACUUCUCGUUCUUUCGGAGAAAGGAAAGCACUAUCGCUUAAUCAUUAUGGAUAUCCGGCAGGGUCGUGUCGUGCUCACUACGCUGUCAUCAGAGCAGACCGCCUCCCGAGACGAUCUCGGCGAUGCAAGUUCUUAG